AUGGGCAAAACAGAUUCUUCUGGAACAUCAACAGAAGACGAAAGUUCUUCUCCAACAAAAAAUCUAAUGGCACAAGGAGGCGAUGCUUCUCACAUGCCCUUCCAGUUAACUUCUCAUCGAUUAAACGGGAAGAACUAUCUGGAAUGGGCACAAUCCGUAAAGCUUGCAAUCGAUGGCCGUGGAAAGUUGGGACAUCUGACCGGAGAGACGAAAAAGCCAGAAGUCGGAGACCCAAAGUUGAAAACUUGGAGAUCAGAGAACUCACUCAUGAUUGCCUGGCUAAUAAAUUCCAUGGAACCAGUCAUAGGUAAACCUUAUCUUUUUCUACCCACUGCUAAAGAUGUGUGGGAAGCCGUUAGGGAGACAUAUUCUGAUGUAGAAAAUGCCUCUCAAAUUUUUGAGUUAAAAAUUAAACUAUGGCAAGCUAAGCAGGGUGAGAGGGAAGUCACUGCUUAUUAUAAUGAAAUGGUGUCUCUGUGGCAGGAAUUAGACCAGUGUUACAAUGAUGAAUGGGAGUGUCCGGUGGAUAGUGUGAAACCAAAAAGAAGGGAAGAAAAUGAGAGAGUUUACCUUUUUUAAGCAGGACUAAACCGGGAGUUUGACGAGGUUAGGUCACGAAUCCUAGGAAAGAACCCUUUGCCCUCACUUCGUGAAACCUUUUCUGAAGUUAGGAGAGAGGAAACUAGGAGGAAAGUUAUGCUAAAACCUGAUUUUAACCUUGAACUAAAACCUGCCAUAGACUCUUUAGCUCUUGUAUCAGUGAAAAAUGAAGACGACAAAAAGAAAAAGCCAUGGUGCGAUCAUUGUAAAAAACACUGGCACACCCGUGAAACAUGUUGGAAGAUUCAUGGGAAACCACCAAACUGGAAGAAGAAAGGAGUUGAUAAUCGUGGCUCUCAAUAUCAACAUGGUCAGGCUUUCCAAACUUGUUUUGAUCAGGGAUAGAAAUCUGCUCCAGAAACAUCUCCAUUCACAAAGGAACAACUGGAAAUUCUGCACAAACUCCUUCAAUCUCCACAAUUUCGUCCUAGUGCACCAAAUCCUUCUAAUCCUUUUUGUUCUUUUGCUGAAACAGGUAUUGUACCGUCAGCUUUUCUUAUUGCCAAAUCUAACCAAAUAAAUCUUUGGAUCAUAGAUUCAGGAGCUGGUGAUCACAUGACAGGAAGUUCCCAUUUUUUCUCUACUUACACUCCUUGUGCAGGGAAUAAUAAAGUCAAGAUAGCUGAUGGUUCCUUCUUUGCAAUUGCUGGAAGAGGAACUGUUAAGUUCUCACCAUCUCUCGCACUUCAUGAUAUCCUUCAUGUUCCAAAACUUUCUUGCAACCUGGUUUCUGUCAGUAAAUUAACCCGUUCUCUUAAUUGUCGUGCUAUUUUUGACUCUGAUUUGUGUGAAUUUCAGGACAAGGUCUCGGGGAAGACGAUUGGCAGUGCUAGAGAAUCUGGAGGUCUUUAUUUUCUUGAGAAUGGGAACAACUUACUACAACUGAAUCCAAUUUGUUUGAACUCUACUUCUGUUUUGAAUAAAGUCAUGCUUUGGCAUUAUAGGCUUGGACAUCCUAGUUUUUAUUAUUUAAGACAUUUGUUACCUAAAC